AUGGCAGACUUUGCGCCGCCCGCCAAAAGGGCGCGGCUGGACGUGGACGCGGACGCACCUGGCAGCGGGAGUCUUGACGACGCGCCCGGCUCGCCUGUCGAUGAUCUCGACGACGACUUCUACGAGAACUCAGCCGCCGACAAUGCGCAGGCCGCGGUGCCCCUCCAGGAUGCCCCUCUCAAAGGCGGCCUGGACAGCAUGGGAGACGCGCCGCCGACAGAGCCGGUUAGCGCAGCAGGUGCUCAGAUCCCAGGCUUUGGCCUCUGGGGCGAGUCCGCUGCCCAGCAGCAGCCUCCCGCGCACAAGGACGGCGGUUCCGAGGACGGCGAGCUGUCUGACGAGGAGAACUUCUACUCGGAAGUGAACCCAGACGCCCCCAUUGCCCAGCAGCAGCCGCCUGUAGGCGAUGCGUCCCAGCUGGAGAGUAAGCUACCGCAACCUGGCCUGCUCUCGCUCUUCUCACAACCUGUAGACGGCGCCGAAGCCUCCGCUGUUGCUGCGCUCAUCCCAGACGCAGAGGCGCCCAAGAGCCUCAAGCGCAAAGCAUCUUCGCCCCCUGUCGAAGCCCCCGAUGAUGACGACGACGACGACGCGCACCUUGUUGACGCAAUCACUGCCGCCAUAGCAAACGAGGACGCCGCAGAUGUACAGCCCGAGGACGACGGCAAGGCCGAGUUCCUCGAGGCCGCUGCAGCGAACAAGGACAACAAGGAUGCCGAGUGGGAGCUCGAUUCGCAGGCCUCGAGCUCAAGCUCGUCCGACUCAUCUAGUGAUGAAUCCAGCUCUGAUGAAGACGGCGAGGCCUCUGACGAUGGCGAGCUGCUCUCUCCAGCGGAGAUGGCCAAACGUCUGAUGGAGGCCGACCCCGAUGAGGACGACCCUAGCGCAAGCAAGACUACCAAAGUGCGCACUCAGAAUGAGCUUGAUGAAACAUAUGUCAAGCCAGACAUCGCAAUGAAGGAUGACACAAAGAUCACAGAAGUUGGCACAGUUGAGUCGAUCGUUGACAAUGUGGUCGUCAUCAAGGCAAACACAUCUGGAGACUACCACGUGCUAGAGGCCGGCUCUGCUUUGUGCUUAGGCAAUCGUACGGUCAUCGGCCAAGUUUCUGAGACCAUCGGCCGUGUUCAGGACCCUAGAUAUUCUGUUGGUUUUGCAGACGUGGCCGAGAUUGAGGCCUUGAACAUAACGAAGGACACGCCCAUCUACUAUGUUGACGAACACUCGACUUUCGUGUAUACCGAACCUCUACGGGCUCAGAAGCACACUGACGCCUCUGGCCAAUAUGACGAAGAAGCCAAGGUGCAAGAGUUUUCGGAUGAUGAGCAGGAAGCUGAACACAAACGUAACCUGAAGCAACAGAAGAAGGCGCGAACACAGGGCGCCGAAGAAGCUCCUUUCAAUCCUCCCACCGGCCCUUCAGCCUAUCGCGAACGCUCACCGCCUAACCCCUCCGCCUACACUGGUGGAGGCUUGAAGUACAGUGACGAUGAAGACGAAGACCUCGGCAUGUACAAACCACUUGCUCGACCAGACCGCUUCGAAGAUAUUGUUGGUGCUGGCGCGCCGCUUGAAGAUCGCAGUCAUGUUAGACGGGGCAUGAUGCGUGGUGGUCGCGGUGGCUGGAUGGACCGCGGGCGGGGAUUCCGCGGCAGAGGCGGCGGCGGCGGCGGCGGCGGUGGUGGUGGUGGUGGUGGUGGUGGCCGCGGAGACAGAGGCGGUAUGGGUGGCGGCCAUCGAGGCGAUCGUGGCGGAAUGGGCGGCCAACGAGGCGGCGACAGAGGUGACAGGGGAGGCAUGGGGAGAGGCGGUGGUAGAGGCGAUCGAGCCGACCGUGGGGGUCGUCCCUUUGGAGGAUCACCCGAACGGCCAACUCGACAAGAGGAACAGCCUCGCAGAGCUCCGCUACCACCACAGCAGGAAGUUCGACCUAACUUCAGAGCACAGUUCUCACCUGCAGGAUCACCACCACAGCAGGACGUGGGGCCGUCUCCACGCGGAGGAAAGAAAAGAAACAAGAAGCGGAAUCGUCGCGAGCGCGAACGAGAGCGAAGAGAGCAAGAACGCCAGCGUGAACAGGAGCGUCAAGGAUCAUCCCAACCACCGGUCGCCGCGAAUGCUACUGCCUAUGCAAGCAAUCAAGCACAGAGCAACAGUGGAUGGAACUCGGCUCCUACCCCUGCCCCUGCACCACCAAGCUCAUAUGCUCAACCUCCAGCGCCGCCUCCCGCGCAAGCACCCGCAAACUACUACGUCAACCCCGGCCUGUUCCCUCAGCAAGCUGCCGCAGUCCCUCCUCCAGCUCCGCCGGCGCAGCCCCAAGCCAACCAAGCUCAAGCAUGGGCCCAGUGGUUGCAAAUCGCAGCAUACAUGCAGCAAGCACAAUCACAAGGAGGCCAGCCCGCAGCACCACCUCCUCCUCCCCCGCAGCCUCAGGCACAAGCUCCGGCAUACUCGCAGUAUGCCCAACCACAGCAGCAGCAGCAGCAGCAGCAGCAACCGCAAGCACAGUACAGCUAUGGAUACCAGCAGUACCAGCAGCCGCCGCAGCCUCCCCAGCCACAGCCGACGCCCCCUGCUGAUCCCCGCCUGCAGCAUCACAACCCGCAGCAGCAAGCUACCCAGGCUACGCCGUCGAUCCAAGAUAUCCUGCGUGCCCUGGGACAGUCAUCUGGGAGAUGA